AUGCUUCAGUCUCUGUACAAGUUCACGAGGCCCCACACGAUCAGAGGCACAAUCCUCGCUUCCUGCGCCUGUGUCACCAGGGUCAUGUUGAGUUGCAUUGAGAAUCAGGCGUACAUAGAAUGGAAGCUCAUGCGCACUGCCGUGAUCGGGCUUGUUGCUCUGCUGUGCGGCAACGCAUACAUCGUUGGCAUCAACCAAAUAUACGACGUGGACAUCGACAAGGUGAACAAGCCGUUCCUGCCAGUCGCGGCAGGGGAGAUCAGCAAGCCUCUGGCCUGGUCUCUUGUUCUGGGAUCAGGUGUCUUGGGGCUUUCUUUAGUCUACACCUUCUUUUCUCCGCUCAUCUUCAAGCUAUAUUGUUUUGGAAUGUUUCUCGGAACCGUCUACACCAUCCCUCCCUUCCGCUGGAAGAACAAUGCUGUCCUUGCAGCGUUUGCCAUUGCGAUGGUUCGAGGACUCUUGCUUAACGUAGGUCUGCAUCAUGCAGCUUCAGAUGUCCUCGGACUAGCACUCUCAUGGCCACCUCAGGUGUUGUUCAUAGCCUCAUUCAUGACCGUGUUUGCGCUGGUCAUUGCUGUGGCGAAAGAUCUUCCCGAUGUGGAAGGGGAUCGCAAGUAUCAGGUGCGGGAGAUAUCCUCUGUACUCCUCUCACCAUUCGGCACAUCAGGUGCAGACGUUCUGCUCAGCAACUACGCCAUGGGUGUUGCUGUGGGAUUCUGGGCACACAAUGCUGAUCUGUGGUCUGCAUUCUACCAGAUCCUCUCGCACUGCGGGUUGGCCACUUGGUUGUUAUGGUUUUCUUCCAAACUCCAAGCAGAAUCAAUUAGCAGCAUCAAACUCUUCUAUAGAAACAUUUGGAAGCUGUUCUACGUCGAAUAUUUGCUUUUCCCAUUCAUGUAA